AGAUGUCAGAGGUGAAACUUGAUCAAGAAUGUGUUGUUGUGUAAAUUAACGUUCAGAGUGUUUACACAGAUGUAUAGCACAUAUUAUAAGCCCCAAAAUGGCACCAACUGCACAUAUACCAAACUGAAAGCUUCAGGUCAGACCGCGGCGAGCUCCGCUGCUCCAGCCAUGCCUCACAAGCCGCAGAAGAGCGCCCAGGCCGCCCACUACAUCGAGCUGGGCAGCUACCAGUACUGGCCCGUGCUGGUGCCCCGGGGCAUCCGGCUGUACACCUACGAACAGAUCCCGGUGUUCCUGAGGGAGAACCCGUACAUCACCGACGGCUACAGAGCCUACCUGCCCUCCAGACUCUGCAUCAAAAGCCUCUUCAUCCUCUCCAACGAGACGGUGAAUAUCUGGAGCCACCUGCUGGGCUUCCUGCUCUUCUUCUGCCUGGGAGUGUACAACAUGGCCUCGGUGCUGCCGGCCACCGGAGCCUCCCGGGAGGAUUACGUCAUCUACUCCAUCGGCCUCUUCUGCUUCCAGCUGUGCAUGCUGUGCUCCGUGGGCUACCACCUGUUCUGCUGCCACCGCUCCGAGAAGACGAGCCGCCGCUGGAUGGCGCUGGACUACGCCGGGAUCUCCAUCGGCAUCCUGGGCUGCUACGUGCCCGGGGUCUUCUACGCUUUCUACUGCAAUAACUACUGGCGUCAGGUGUACCUGGUGACGGUCCUGGCCAUGAUCCUGGCCGUGUUCUUCGCUCAGAUCCACCCACAUUACCUCAGCAAGCAGUGGAAGCGGCUGCGCUCGCUCAUCUUCUGCUCGGUGGCCGGAUACGGCCUGGUGCCCACCGUCCACUGGGUGUGGCUCACCGGGGGCUUCUCCUCCGAGCUCGUCCAGGCUUUCGUUCCUCGGGUCCUCGGGAUGUAUUUCAUCGCUGCGUUAGCUUUCAUUUUCUACGUUUCUAAAGUCCCUGAACGCUACUUCCCAGGUCAGCUGAACUACCUGGGUGCCAGCCACCAGGUGUGGCACGUCCUGCUGGUGCUCAUGUUCUACUGGUGGCACCAGUCGUCCAGCUUCAUCAUGGCCUACAGACACAGCCAGCCCUGCCCCGACUUCCCCCAGCACGCCUAGCAGCUCCCCGCUCG